GAAUGCCACAAGUUUCCUCCUGUAAAUUGAAUAGGGGGACUGGACUUUUUAAUUCUAAAGUGUUUUUCUGCUCUAGAUCUUAUGUCUUUUGAUGGUUUAGGAGGUGGUGACUUUCAAGGAUGUGUCUGUGGACUUCAGCCAGGAGGAGUGGGGCCUCUUGGACCAUUCUCAGAAGGAGUUGUACAAGGAGGUCAUGCUGGAGAAUGCCAGGAACCUGCUCUCUCUGGGACUUCCAGUUCCCAGGGAAGAUAUGAUCUUUUAUUUUAACCAAAGGGAAUCACCAUGGAUGCUGGACCAAGAAGGCCUGAGGAGCUGCCCUCCAGAAGAUGCAGUGGGACAUGAAAUGAAGGAAACUGCUGCAGACCUAAGCGUUUCUGUGAUAGAAAGUCACAAGCAAAGAUUCAUGAGUAAUGGUACCUGUGACUUUCCUUGGAGUGAAAUCUGUGGGACACAUGAGAUCAUCAACUCUAAAGAGAAGCAAGGUGGAAUAGCUUUUAGAGAAAGGAGAGUUCUUACUAGACAUCGGGGAAUCUACAGUGGAGAGAAACUCUAUGAAUGUAAGCAAUGUGGAAAGGCUUUUACAAAAAAGGGCAAUGUUAUUAUACAUCAGAGAAUCCACACUGGAGAGAAACCUUAUGAAUGUUACCAGUGUGGAAAGGCCUUUAGACAUAAGAAAAGUCUUACUGUACAUCAGAAAAUCCACACUGAAGAGAAACCAUAUGCAUGUUACCAUUGUGGAAAAGCCUUUAGGCAAAUGCUAAGUCUUACUGCCCAUCAGAGAAUCCACACUAGGAUUCUAGAGGAACCUUAUGAAUCUUACCAAUGUGGAAAGGAUUUUACAGACAAUAAAUCACUGACUCUACAUCAGACAUUCCAUAUUGGAGAGAAACCAUAUGAGUGUAACCAGUGUGGAAAGGCCUUUACACAAAGGGGAAGUCUUACUAGACAUCAGAGAAUCCACACUGGAGAGAAACCAUAUGAAUGUAAACAGUGUGGAAAGGCCUUUAGUCAAAGGGCAUCUCUUACUGCACAUCAGGCAAUCCACACUGGAGAGAAACCUUAUGAAUGUAAUCAAUGUGGAAAAGCCUUUAGAUACAUGACAAAUCUUACUGAACAUCAGACAAUCCACGCUAGAAAGAAACCUUAUAAAUGUAACAAGUGUGGAAAGGGUUUUACAAGUAAUAGAUCACUUAGUCAACAUCAGAAAAUCCACACUGAAGUGAAACCUUAUGAAUGUAACCAAUGUGGAAAGGCCUUUAGGCAAAGGGGAGGUCUUACUAGACAUCAGACAAUCCACACUGGAGAGAAACCUUAUGAAUGUAAGCAGUGUGGAGAGACUUUUAGGUAUAAGAUAAGUCUUAUUGUACAUCAGAAAAUUCAUACAGAAGAAAAACCUUAUGAAUGUAAGCAGUGUGGAAAGGCUUUUAGAUAUAAGACAAGUCUUGUUGGACAUCAGGGAAUCCACACUGGAGACAAACCUUAUGAAUGUAACCAGUGCGGAAAGGCCUUUAGGCAAAUGGGAAAUCUUACUGCCCAUCAGAGAAUCCACUCUGAAGAGAAACCAUAUCCAUGUUCCCAAUGUGGAAAGGCCUUUAGCCAAAUAGGAAGUCUUACUGCCCAUCUCAGAAUCCACACUGGAGAGAAACCUUAUGAAUGUCAUCAAUGUGGAAAGGCUUUUAGGCAAAUGGGAACUCUUACUGCACAUCAGGCAAUCCACACUGGAGAGAAACCUUAUGAAUGUAUCCAAUGUGGAAAGGCCUUUAGAUGUAAGAAAAGUCUUAUUAGACAUCAGAGAAUCCACACUGGAGAGAAACCUUAUGAAUGUAAGCAGUGUGGAGAGACUUUUAGGUAUAAGAUAAGUCUUAUUGUACAUCAGAAAAUUCAUACAGAAGAAAAACCUUAUGAAUGUAAGCAGUGUGGAAAGGCUUUUAGAUAUAAGACAAGUCUUAUUGGACAUCAGGGAAUUCACACUGGAGACAAACCUUAUGAAUGCAACCAGUGCGGAAAGGCCUUUAGGCAAAUGGGAAAUCUUACUGCCCAUCAGAGAAUCCACACUGAAGAGAAACCAUAUCCAUGUUCCCAAUGUGGAAAGGCCUUUAGCCAAAUAGGAAGUCUUACUGCCCAUCUCAGAAUCCACACUGGAGAAAAACCUUAUGAAUGUCACCAAUGUGGAAAGGCUUUUAGGCAAAUGGGAACUCUUACUGCUCAUCUCAGAGUUCACACUGGAGAGAAACCUUAUGAAUGUAAGCAAUGUGGAAAGCCUUUUACACAAAGGGCACCUCUUAUUAGACAUCAGAGAAUCCAUACUAGAGAGAAACCUUAUGAAUGUAAGCAUUUGUGGAAAGACUUUGAGGUAUAAGAACAUUCACACAGGGGAGAAACCUUAUGAAUCUAAUAAGGAAAGGACUUUAUCAAAAUCUGAUUGAUUAGUGCCAAAUCUGAAGAAAGGUAAAGGUAGUAAAUUAAGGAGGAAAAUGAAUCAGGAAAAUAUAUAAGGAGAAGAUGUGGUGGUCUUGAUGCCUUCUACAUUUAGCCUUCUCUAGCCAUAACCUUAAGGACAUAGGGAGGAAGGAAACAUAAAAGAUGACUAGGGAUAGCAGAUAGGUUCUUAUGCAUAUUGGAGCCUUCUUUUCCACCUGGUUAUCUAUUUGAAGAGCAGUAUGACAGAAUGUAAAGAUCACUAGAUUUGAAUUCAGAGGCCAUUGAAAUUUGGGUUCUGUACCUCUCUCUUUUUAGCAAAAUAAUUUGACUCAAUGGGACUUGGGGCAUUUAAAAAGAAUUAGGUUCUCUUCUGAUUCCAAAUUCUGUGGGGGAAUCAAGAAGUCAAAGAGCAGCUUGAAGAUGAAGUCUACCCCUUCUGCCACUUCUUGCUGGAUUACCAGCUUCAGAUUAGAGCUAAUAACUCAAAUUACUUCAGUAAGCUUUCUGUAUAUGACUGGAGUUUGGAGAGGCAGAAAGAUAUGAGGAGUUCUAAACCUAGAUCAUAGAGUCAUUCCUAAGUGAACAACUCUGCAAUUCCUGUAAUAGAUUUCUUGCCAUUUUCAUGCAAGCAAAGAAUUAUAUUUAAUUAGGAUACUUUUAAGAAUUGAAGAUUUCAAUUCUGAGGUUACAGCUUACAUCUCUCAAACUGAUAAAGUUGACCCCAAAAGUUGGGGUAGAUAGAGGUCUAUAGGAUUAGAGUAACAAUAGCAAAUAUGUUUAUGUAUAAAUAGGUCAAGCUGAUGUAAAAAAUCAUUUGAUAACAUUGAUUUGUUUAAAAAAAAAAUAGGAUUUGUUAAAAGGUGAUCAAAUGUCCAUCUUUUGUGACACGAGACCCCACUGCAAGGCAUAAACUCAGGUUCUAGUUACACUAAGAUUGAAGUGUUUUAGUUUGGUCCAUUUGCUUUGAUUUUUUUUUUCAUCUCCUGAAAGAGCUCCCAAAAUAAAAACUCAAGGAGUAUCAUAGC